AUGGUGAUCUAUAGGAAGGAGAAAUCUGAGUAUUCCAUAACUUCUCUUAAGACCAUCCCAGAAUUAUACAGAAGGUAUGAGUCACAAAAUGAAGACAGCUCAGUUUCCAGCAGCAGCUGGAACUGCGAAGUCUCAACUCUUAUUGGAAAUGCACAGAAACCAACAGGAAUUGCAGAUAUGUGCAAUAAAUUCAGACCAGUGAAGAGGGUUUCCCCAUUAAAGCACCAGCCAGAGAGCUCUGAGAACAAUGAAAGUGAUGACCAAAAGAACCAGAAGGGAGAAUACCAGAAAGGUGGCGAUUCUCAGUCUGCACCUCUGAAUGAUGACCAGAGCCCAGGAGAACAAGAAUGCUUUAAAAGUAAAAACAUUCAGCACACUGUUCUACUUGGGGAGCUAGAGCACUAUGACCUGGAUAUGGAUGAAAUUUUGGAUGUGCCUUUUAUUAAAUCAAGCCUUGUUCCUUUUACAAAGGUAGCUUCUGAGAAAAAACUUUUGGGUGUGUGUUCAACAGUGAAUGGUCUUAGUGGCAAGAUCUGCUCUGCAGGGAACACAGAGAACUUGCCUGCCAGCAUGACACAGUUCUGUGUUCUGGCCCCUGUGAAAGGCUCUCAGCUGAGAAAAACGCAGCACAUUGUCCUUGAUCAACACAAGCGUUUAACACAAGAAUUAGAGCUUUCACAGCCCUUAAAGUGUAGCUCAGUCCAUGAAUCUGAAACCCAGGGCAAGGGCUUCCUCAGCAUGACAUUUGUUGAUCCUCAGGCUCAUAAAAAUGAGAAGACUAUGCCAAACUGCCACUUGAGGACUUUUCACCUGCAGAUGACAGUGGCAGAAAGCAAGCAGCUUAAUGAACUGAAUAUGAACUGGAGCAGCUCAGGGAGAGCAGAAGAGAGGAAUGAAGAGGUGAAAAAAAUUAAGAGCAUCUUAAACAUUGUAAAGGAAGGCCAAAUAUCAUUACUGAAUGGUCAGCUGGAGUGUGUUCAGUGGAUGGUGAGCAAAACAGAAGCUAUUGCAGGAUUAAGUUGCUCAAAAGAUCACCCAAGCCUUAUUCAUUAUGCAGGUUUCUAUGGACAGGAAAAAAUCCUUCUGUGGCUUCUUCAGUUUAUGCAAGAACAAGGGAUUUCACUGGAUGAAGCUGACCAGAAUGGAAAUACUGCUGUUCACAUAGCUGCUCAACGUGGCUAUCUGGGAUGCAUACAGACAUUAGUUGAAUAUGGAGCAAACGUCACUAUGCAAAACCACGCGGGAGAGAAACCCUCACAAAAUGCUGAGCGACAUGGGCACACUAUAUGUUCCCGCUACUUAGUGGCUGUGGAGACAUGUAUGUCAUUGGCCUCUCAAGUUGUAAAGCUAACUAAACAGCUGAAGGAGUAA